UGCAAAGUUAUUGAAUUCGAAAAAUUACAAACAUUUUAAAAAUGUGCAAUUAAAACUUUAAACUGAUUGAGUGUAUAGAAACCAUUUUAACAUUCUCUAAGAUGAGAAAAUUUACAUUUUUGUUACAUUGCAGAGAAUAAAUCAAAAUUUUAUGAAGAACACACGAAAUAUUGCGAAUGUGCUUCAUUCAUUCAUAUUUCAUACUAGAGAAUCGUUCAAAAAUGGUCACUAUUUUUAGAGUUCGGUGGGAGGGACCCAUUCUAAAAGUAGUUCCACGCACCAGAAGUCAAGAGGCACGCCGAGCAAUAAAUCCACGUGAACAAGCGGCUCAAGGUGGUGCUGCCCAAAUACUCUUUGGGCUUUGCCAUUUUCUCAAAAUACGAUAUUGCCAUCGACAGUUCCGUUUGGGUGUUCCAAUUCAAAACAUAUCUUUGUGCUGAACGACUUUCCGCAACAGCAAUGGAUAAAAGAUCUUUGAGGUGUCUCAUCUACUUAGUUCUCUUCUCCGCGGUUGUGGCACUGGAGGAAGAGAUCAGCCGGGGAUUAUCAAACAUGACCAGCAGUCCCGCGGAGCCUGAAACGGUUCCGAAACUACCCAGCGAGGUGCAAAAAGCCGUCUGUACUGUGACUGCGGGGGAGGUUAAGGCAUCUGCCGAGGCUGUCACCACAAAAACACUGAAAGGCGUCUGUGGAUCAGAUGAAAUGAACUUGGCCUUCCGGAAUCUGGAGAACAAACUUUAUGAAGAGCUCCGCGUGAUGAAACUGAUAUUGGUGCAUUUAGCCAAGUCCAAUGGUCUGAAGGUCAAUACCGCAAUGCCGACACCUCCACCCACUCCACCCACUCCACUUCCACCUGUGAAACCAACAAAUCCCGCCCCACUGCCUGCCCUCAAACCGAUAGAUCCGACUAAUUCCAAAACUGAGGAAAACGAAGUUGCCCCAGACUUUGGAGCCAAGAAGACGCCGACUCUGAAAAACCUGGAGACGAAUGGUAACCCAAAUCUGGGAGCUCGCGAUAAGGAAGUCGAUAAGUUCAAUAACACAGUGCUGGCUGAUAGGGAUGUAAAGUUAUUCACCUACUACUGGAAGUUGGAGAACGUUACGGAACUGAUAACGUCGCCUAAUUUGACCACAGUCAGUAGUCCCAUAUUCAGCUUUAAAGGCAAAUCCUUGCAACUCAAAUGCACCUUCCAUCACAUGAAUCGCGAGCUGCUGAACCUGCAACUAGGAUAUGGCAUCUUUAAUCCGCAAUCAAAGCCCGGCCAAAGCAACAACGUAUUGAUAGAAAUGGGCGGAAUCUUUCAGAAUACCAAGUGGAACGAGGAUGUGCAGGUAAAGCAUAAGAUUUCCAUACUGGAUCAGAGCGUACGGAUGACGCAGGACCUCAGUUCACCCGCGUUGAGCAAGCUGGACAUGGGCUUUGCCAUUCCGAACAGCGUGCUCCUGGGCAGCUCCUACAUCAAGCAGAACGCUCUUUUGAUUCAGAUUCUUUUAUAUUUGUGAAUGACAGAACAACGUUUGUAUCCGGUUGGGCAAUUAAAACAAGAGAGACCAAAACCAUGUGCUAUGUAAAAA